GAUGGAAUUGAUGCAGUGGAUCCAAACUUUUAUGGCAAUUCUUCUUCUUCAACAGAACCAUUUGGAGCCUUGAAAGUUUUGAAGUUUAGAAACAUGCCGAAGCUGGAGAAAUGGUUUGCUUUUGGUGCUGAAAAUGAAGGUGUAGCAUUUACUCAUCUUGAAGAGCUUGAGAUUGUUAACUGCCCUAAGUUAACAGGAGAGUUGCCCAUCCAUCCUCCUCUAACUAGACUUAUGAUAGAAGAAUGUCCGAUGUUGGUAACUUCACUUCUAAAAGAAGAAUUUCCAACGGGAUUGCAGAAACUUUCAAUUGGAGGAUUUGAUGCGUUAGAGUUCAUACCAGAGAGAUUGAUGGACUUCAACACUCGUCUUGAGGAGUUAAAAAUUAGUGAUUGCAACUCGCUUAUAUCUCUGUCCAGUGGUGGCCUGCCUUCUCCGUUAAAAGUCCUUGAGAUAAAAGAUUGUAGCAAGUUAGAGUUUCCAAUGCACUGGAACUAUUCAUCCCUUGAAGAAUUGCGGCUUGAAAAUAGUUGUGAUUCUCUACAGUCAAUUUCAUUCAAUUUAUUCCGAAAUCUGAAAUCCAUCAAACUAAAUGGAUGUAGGAAUCUGGUGUCUGUCGAUGUUCCGCAACAACUUCAACUUGAUUUAGUGGCCUUGUCAUCAAUAGAAAUAAAUAAUUGCCCUAAUUUCGUUUCAUUUCCGAAUGGAGGAUUGCGUGCCCCAAAACUUAUGUGGUUUCGCAUCAUCGAUUGUCGGAAUCUGACGUCACUUCCUGAUAAGAUGCACAUACUCCUUCCGUCUCUUCGGAAUUUGCAUUUAGAGAACUGCCCAGAAAUUGAGUCAUUCCCUGGAGGAGGCUUGCCUUCCAAACUAGUUGGUAUUUCCAUCAUAGACUGUGACAAACUCGUCGUCAAUAGAAGGGGUUGGGAAUUGCAAAAUCUGCCCUCCAUUCGAGGCGUUACUAUCAAAGGCAAUUGUAAAGAUGUGGAUUCCUUUCCGGAGGUGGGGUUACUUCCCACUAGUUUGUUAUGUAUUUCCAUCGAAAAUUUUCCAAAUAUGAAAUCUUUGGACUGUAAGGCACUUCGACACCUCACCCGUCUUGCUAAAUUGUCAAUCUGUUCCUGCCCUAAGUUGAAGUUUAUGCAAGAAGAAGGGUUGCCUACCUCCAUUUCUAUUCUACUGAUCAGCAAAUGUGCUUUGUUGGAGAAACAACUGGAAAGCAAAAAAGGAAAAGCAUGGCGCAAGAUUGCUCACAUCCCCAGCAUUUAUAUUAAUGGUACAUUGAUUUGACCAAACUACAAGUCCAGCAGGAAUUCCCAAUUCAGUUAUAUUAUCUACACCACAGUUGGACGACGUCAAUGCUGCAGGUUUGUUCCGGUGAUGCGUGUUUCUACAGAUUUCCUUUUGGAUGUUCGUCCUUAAUACCGUACGGUUUUUUUUUUUGAACGUGGUCGGUUUCCUUUCUCAAUAACUGGCGUCAUGCGCUUCGAAUCAAACUGUUUAUCUCUGCGAAAAUUUUGAAGUCCAAAUUUCCGAUCCAGAUGCAGUCUUCAAAGCAAGGACGUGGCACUGUAAAUUCACUAGAAUGUGAGCCUUUUGGGAGAACAGAAAGGCGACCACAAGUAAUUGAAUGAUUAGCCUCAGGGAUGAGCUGUGGGACUUUCAUGUCGGGUUUUGCCAUAUCGAGAGAAUGGGGAAGAAGUAUUGAAGUGCCAAUCAAAAUUUCCUCUCAGUACGUUUCUCUUGAAAGCUGCCUCUCUGUAAGGGUAAUCAAUGGCAGCCUAAGAUCUGUGGCUGUUGAAUGAUCCUUCUUGUAUGGUUGAUGAAUCAUGUUGUCAAGCUUCCUACUCUCCAGAAGGCACUUUACAAUUGCAAGCGACUGAACUUUUGGCCAACUCCAGCCUUUAGGAUUUUGAGAUGAGAAACUGAAAUUGGGUUUUAGAUGGUGACAUUUUCUAUUGAUUAGACAAUGCCAAUUUCUCCAAGUUUCUAACUUCAUGGGACUCCUAUUAUGGUCGCAUGAAGCCGGUUCAAGACCGCACACCUAAUUAUGGUCUCAAGAUAAAAUCAAUAGAUCGGGCGGUUUGGCUUAGCUCAGAAAAGGGGCAAAAGGCCUUUAUUGUCAACAUGCUCGCCUUGGACUAAAUGGGCUAAACUAAACAAAUAUGUGCUGCCGAUGCAAAGAUUUCAGAAGAGGAUAUGGAUUCCCUCUGUUAAACCCCCACUGCUCUCCUGUUACCUAAAGCUUUGGCUUGUAGUUGCAACAACAUCUCAGAAAGGCUUAUGAUCAUGCAGAAUCUGCCUAUGCAUACCAAGAAACGGGGCUAGUUUCAUUCUUUACAGGGUGAUCAGCAAAACAAUGAAAGAAAGAAGGUUUCCAUAAAGGCAAUUUGGUUAUCGAAAUGAUAACUUUAGUGGGUGGUUGAAACAUGAGAGCCGGGAAGUUUGGUGGAGGCCUUGGCUCUUGGGGAAACAAUUGCGAGAACCAAUACUAUGUCAUCUUCUUCAGGCUAGCUUGGCAUGCUCGUGGAUGUGGCUAACAGUAUUAAUGCAUCAGCUGUUCUCCUAUAUACAGUUCCCAUUAUUUUGUUUCUCUCUGUAAUCUCUGACUAGGAGAGACUAGAUUUGGGUGAAAUUGUCAAAUUGAGACCAGGGAAACGUUUAAUUCCAUGUAUAUAAGCAUUAGAGACUUGAUUCUACGUAGGAUGUCCCAUGGAACUUGGCACUUUGAUGGUCAAUUUGAUCCUCUCAACAUCAUCAUCCCUUGUGAUAUUUCUGCCAUAUUUGGCCACAAACAAAGAGAUAAAAAGCUAGAGAAAAGAAUGAUUUUAUUUUGGGACCAGUACUUUUGGUAAAA